AUGCUGCAUCUCCACCCGCGCGGCCUCGGCGGCCUGGUCGAGGUAGGCCAGCGCCUUCGCCUCGUUCUGCAUGAGCGUCCACUGGAGUUUGGCGUUGAGGAGGCAGAGCUCCGCACUUCGCUGGGACGCGGGGUGGAGUUCGCCGCAGAGCGAGAGCUGCCGGGAGGCCUCGGCGGGGCUCGUGCGGAGGUACACGUGCACGAGCCCCAUCAACGGCGCCAAGGACGCGGUCAGGAUCGAAGCCUUUUGGAAAAUCUUCUGCGCGGCGGGCAGAUCACCGCGGUAGAGGUGCUCGUAGCCGAUCUCGCAGAGGUAAUCCCCAUUACGGCGAUCCAGCUCGCAGGCGAACUCGACCAUCGCGGUGGUGAUCUCGAGGACCCCGCGCUGGCCAUUCGCCAGCCGCGCGAAGGUCUGGGCGUAGGUGAAGAUCAGCCCCGCAUUCCGCGGCUCCCGCACCUUCAAACUCUCCCACAGCCGCUUUAA